AUGCCUGGCGGUCGUAUAAGCCAUUGGGUGAGGAAUAUGUCGAUUUGGAGACAUUACGCCAACUAUUUUCCCGUCAAAUUAGUCAAAACCGAGGACUUGGAUCCCGAGAGGAACUACAUGUUUGUGUGUCACCCGCACGGCGUAAUGGUGGGCUCACAUGUGGCUAACUUUGGCACUGAGGGCACCGGCUUCUCACAACUAUUCCCCGGCCUUACCCCACAUAUACUAACUCUGGAGGAUCUAUUUCGGCACCCAUUCAAAAGGGAACUGUUACUUGCUAUGGGUUAUGGUGCUGCUACAACGACCUCGAUGAAGUGGUAUUUAACACAUCCGGGUAGAGGACAUGUAUUGGCACUGAUUGUAGGCGGCGUUCUCGAGUCAUUUGACACGAUUCCCAAUACAAUGAGAUUGACGUUAAAUAAUAGGUUCGGGUUCGUUAAACUGGCACUCGAGCACGGUGAUUGGUCUACAUCUGAAGACUCUAUAAUCCGGAAAUUUCAACUUUGGAUGAACAGGGUGGUUGGAUACACGAUUCCACACUUUUACGGCCGGGGGUUGUUUGGAUUCCCGGGGAUAUUGCCCUAUAGAGUGCCCAUCACUACAGUCGUGGGUAAACCCAUGGAUGUGCCGCUAAUACCGGAGCCAUCGCGCGAACAGAUCGCAGAAUAUCACCGAAAAUAUAUCCAAUGUUUGCGCGAAUUUAUCCUACGAAUACUACAGGGUAGCCUUUAA